GACACGCGCCCGUGCUCGCGCGCACUCGCGUAUCUACCAAUAUAACCUUGUUUCGACAAAACAACAUAACACAAAACAUCAGUAGUUAAAGUUCGCGACGCAAUUACAACAUACAAAUAACAAAAACAUACGCCAUUAAAGUGUUCUGCUACCGUCGCCAUUCUUUAAAAGUACAUCGAUCGAUCUAAUUGUGCGAAUGCCACGGUCCACAACCUACGCGACCGGCGGCGUUCCCCUGCGACGUUCAUUCAAGGACCAUUCGUUGAACCUAUGCCGCUCCGGUAUUCGCGUGCGCACAAACCCGUCGACUCGGAAAUGAACCUCCAAGUGAGCGAGGCGGAGUACCGAUCCAGCUGAUGACAGUCCGCAAUUCGGCUGCAACUACGAUGUCAAUCAGUCAGAACGCCGGACAGUUUAACAAGCAGAAACAGCAAGCGGCGGCCAAGCAGAGCUCCGAGCCCAUUACCUAUCCACCGCGCUACCAUCCGCCACCGUCCACCGCCGGAUCGAAGGUCGACGCUACCGCCAAGGAGUUCAAGCCGCCAUACGCAGGGAAGCCUAUCGAUCCCAACAAGAUUGUGUACCCUCCUGCUAUACACGGCGCAAUACCCGGCCCUUAUCAGGUGGGUCCAUAUCCGCAUUUGAAAUAUCCGCAGGGGUACCCGACUGGCUACCCUAUUCCUCCUGCGGCCCUGCGCGUGCUGCGACCCGGCGGAGAGAUCAUAACGAAGGCUAUCGUGCAUGAGCCCGUGGAGACAACGACGCGCGCGCGGAGCGCAGACGAGGCACAGCGGGCGCAGCGUAACCUAGAAGAAGAACAGAUUCAUAGGAGAUCCGCCGACAUGCUCAAGUUCACGAAGCGCAUUGAACCUGAGGGCCCGCGAGCCUCCACCGACCAGAGGCGGCAACUGCAGGCAUUGCUAGACGAAAUAAAGGCACUAAAGGAGGCGAACCGCCGCCUCAGUGAGGACAAUCAAGAGCUCCGCGACCUGUGCUGCUUUCUCGACGACGACCGACAGAAGGGCAGGAAGCUGGCGCGCGAGUGGCAGCGGUUUGGUAGGUACACGGCCUCAGUAAUGCGGCAGGAGGUGUCGGCCUACCAGAGCAAAUUAAGGGAACUGGACGAUAAACAGCAGGAAUUGAUUCGCGACAAUUUAGAAUUAAAGGAGCUGUGUCUGUACCUGGACGAAGAGCGAGAGAGGAGCACCUGCGUGAACUGCGGGCGCGCUGCGGGCCGCGAGCGUGACGACGGGGAUGGCAGCAGCGGCGGCACCAAUGCAGAGGAGGCGCCGCGCCCCGCACCCGCUCCCGCCCCUCCCCUUACACACCCCCAGCUCGCGGAGCGCACCGUGCAGUAUGUGCGUGAUCUCGAGCAAAAAGUGCGGCGACUGGAAGCCGAAAAAGGGGUAGGCAGCGGUCUCAAUGAGAGACCAGAAGCGGUCGUGCGCGCUCUGCAAGUAUUGGAAGUGAGAGAGCGCGUGGAGCGCGAGAGAAGAAGGCCGGCGCCAGAUCUGGACACCGGAGAACAGGCUUUAGUACGAGAGAUGUGUAACGUGGUUUGGGGAAAAUUGGAGGACGCGCCUCCGCAGGCGCCGCAGCGUUAAAGUUGUUAUAAAACAUUUAAUGAUUCCAUUUUGAUGUUAUUGAGGUGAAACUGUAUCUAAGUUCGAUGAAAGUGCGUAAAAAGUAGUCGGCAAACGCGGAGCAUCGGCAGUGGAAUCCUACCCUAUUGAGGUCACCGCCGGUGUCGACUCUCGUGACCCAAAGACUCGCGACCUUGUUUAUUAAUCGAGUGUGUAACUGAACUUAUUAGUUUUUAAAACCGUGAUGUUUUGUAUAUCUUGCCCUUUACAAACAGUGAUUACAGGAAAAUAUGUUGGGGAAACGAAACCUAAAAGUACAAAGUUGAUCUAGAUUUUAGAUAUAUUUAUUUUUAAGAACAUUUCUUGAUUUGCUCUUCGACAUGUUUUUUUAUAGAUCUUUUACUAAAUAUUAUAAAGAUUAAAUUUAGUUUUUAGGAGCUUUUGUUAAUGAGGCUAUAUUUCAGUUUCAAAAUCCUAAACUAACCGUUAGUUUUUGCGACCAAAAUUUCUGAAUAAAACGUAUCGUCAUCCCUGUCAUUAUCUUUGACAAAACAGAGAUAACAAUAUAUUUUAAACGGAGAUUUUUGGCUUAAACUUAUACGAAUGCUAAUGACGCUAACUUUGAACUGUCUGUUUUUAUUUUACAUGUGAAUAAUUCUUUAAAAUUGUUAAGACUAUGCUUAUUUUCAUUGUUUACUUGUAAACAAUGCAGAUUCCGUGAUGUACAUCUAUAAAUAAUAUUGUCUCGGAGGUGUGUCACGCGGAAAAAAGAAAGUUCUCUGACUAAGUUUUAGGUUAUGCUGAGCUAGCUAUAACUAAGUACAACAUAUAGUUUCUGUCAGAAUUUUUUUACAAAAUCGGUCUGGUUCUUAUCAUAUUGUUAUUAUUAUUGCCAGUGCUAUGUAUCUUCUUACUAAUUUACAUUUUAUUUUUUUAUUUUAAUGUUUGUAUUGAGAACAGACUGGCCGAAAAAUUGUUCCUUGUUUUUUUUUAAACAUACAUUUGUUACGUUUGUUUGUUUUCAUCAUGUUACAUUUGAUUACGAUGACAUGUUUCUUAAUUGAAAUUAUUUAAGGAUAUUUCCGUUUUAAUACUAAUAAAGCUUUUACUGUGCAUACAGAGAAUUGCUUGUCUAGUCAACCAUAUAGCCGUUUAACCUUGAGUUUCUAUAAGUAGGAAGACAUAUUGUCAUCCCUUUCAUUAACCUUAAAAAAAAAACAAAGGUAACAAUAUGUUCAAACUCACGGUAACACGUUCUGAUUUCAUACCACUGCGGUAACUUUUCUAGAAAUGUUAUUAAUUUAUUGAUCUUAACUUUA